UUCAGUGUAAUAUAUUUUCAAUCGGUUGCUGCAUAUAACGUUUUUGGAAAAGGAUUUAGAUGCAUAUACGAAACUUCGUCCAGUCAAAUAAUUACAUUUAGCGCGGCAGGUUCUUUUUGCACAAAAUGUUGACAACUUUCAUGACUUAUUGAAACAGGUGAUCACAGUCUCUAGGUGGUGCCAGUAAGUAUGGUUGUUGCUGAUGAUGACAGUCAUGGGCAGGUCAGAAAGAGGCCUCGUCUGUCACUCAAAGGAAAGGGGAAGAGUGCAAGUUCUGCAACAGCUGCUGUUGAUGACUCACAUGGAUAUCAGGGAACCACCCCACAAGAUAUAUGUGAAAGAUCAGAGGAAGCUGAGCCAGUUCAGACCCUUGAUGGCAACACCACCGAGGACCUAGUAAACCAGUCUGAAAGUUUUGCACCAGAUGAAGGGUCCACUGUACCACCUGUAUCAUCCCUUGAGAACUUGGGCAACACCUGCUUCCUGAACAGCGUGCUCCAGAUUCUGCGCUACACCCCAGGAUUCCUGGAUGGCCUCGGAGAGCUGUAUCGGGAGAUAAUCGUGGUAGAGAAGACGAUGAAACGUCACAAGGAGGCCACUGAAACAGAGGAGGAGAAAGAACCAUCUCUCGCACUUGAGUUGGUCAAGCAAUUGUUCAAGCUGUACAAGAACAUGGAGAAAAGAGAGGGGAGAUACUGUGAGAUAGCCAGUGCAGAUGUUACAAGUAUGGCUGUCAAACCAGACAAAGUGCUUGAUAUUAUACGAGAGUUUAAUCCCAUGUUCGAGGGCAACCUGCAGCACGAUGCCCAGGAACUGCUGAGAUGUCUGUUGUGUUAUCUGGAGGAUGCUGAGAAAGAACUCCAUCAGAUUCAGCUGGACCUUAUAGCCUCAAUACCCAUUAGUCUAAUGCCAGCUCAGCUUGCUCCAAUCAAUCCCAUCAUGCAACGCUUCCUGGCAGCUGGGAAGAAAGGUGAGAAGCCAUCAUCCACUGUCAGUAAGCCUCCUGUUAAUGGAAGUGGUGAUGGUCCAUCAAAGGAAACUGUGAAGACCCAGCUGUUCAAUGGCGAAAUGACUGAUGAAGUGGAUGGUAUGGUAAUGACCAAUGGAGGACAUGAAAUAUUUGGCUCAAAAGUGUGUGAACUCUCAGCAGAAGGAAGUGAAACGGUAUCAUGCAACAAGAAUCGGAAACGCCGCCACUCUCGCUCAAAAGUGGAAGAUCCAGCCAAAAGCGUUUCUACAUUUGACAGUGAUGCCAAAGAACAUCCUGACAAGUCAAGUUCCAAGGCUUCAUCAGAAAUGAAAACUUCUGAACCUGUUAAGAAAGGAAGAAAGAGACGAUCGAAAGGAAAGGAUGACUCAAAAGCUUCCAAGGAUGAUUCAGAGAAUGAAAGCAAAGAUAAAAGUGAUCGUGUUGCAGAUACUGGAGGUCAUAAGAAAUGUAGGCGAAGGAAGAAUGUUCAACUCAUUACAUCCAGUGAAGAUGGUCCUAAGAAGACCCAGUCUGAUACUGCUCAUUGUGGAGGUGAUAAAUCUCAGCCAAGUAUAUUGUCCAUGUUAACUAAGUCAGGGCGUAGGCUUGGUAUGCGAGGAAGAGUUGUUAAGAAAGGAGCUGAAGUAGCGGACACUGAAACUGUCAGUGUCAAACAAGAACCUCAAACUGUGGAGGAUGAAUCUGAUGACAUGAUGGAUGAAGAUGAAGUUUCCUUUCCGAAGCUGAAAGCUUCUCCUAGGAAAUCUGAAACGUGUGUAAAGUCACCAUCCAAAUUAAGUCAGGACUUUUCCCAAAUGACAUGUAAGUCACCAUCAAAGUCUGGUGACAGGAACGGAUCAGUAGAUGUGAAGCAGCCUAUGUUAAAGUUACAGAAGUGUGAUCAUGUGUGUAACAGUCCUCUGAAAAGUGUGAAGGCCACAAUAGCGAUGAAUAUUCUCAGCCCAGCAAAACGUCAAGUAAACUUUGAUUUAGAUGAGGACGACUUAAAUAACCUAGAUGAUAGUGAUGAUGACUCUUUAGGACAUCUUAAAUCAGUUCCAGUCAAACCCUUGUCUGUGAAAGUUGAAAAGUGUGACCGGGUGUGUGAUAGCCCCCAGAAGUCAGUCAGUGCUCACCUGGCCAUGAAGUACCUCUCUGGCCACAAAUUACCAAAAAUGGACUUUGUAGAAAAGCUUUUUCAGGGAACGAUGAUGUUGAGAACCAGGUGUCUGGAGUGUGAGUUUUUUCGUGAGAGGAAGGAGGAGUUUCAGGAUGUCAGUGUUCCCUUGAGGCGGGAGCAGAAGUCAGACGAUGAGGAGGAACAGGAUGAGGACUCGGAUGAUGAUGACUCCUGCCUGUCCAAGCUGAUGUCAGCGUUUACUGAGGUUGAACGUCUGCGUGACGACAACAAGUACUACUGUGACAUGUGUAGAUGCUAUGUGGAAGCUGAGAGGUCCCUCCACUAUGACCAGCUACCUGAAAUCCUGACGCUGCAUCUCAAGCGAUUCUCAGCAUCAUCAGGUAUGUUUGGAUGUGUGUCCAAGAUCAAUGACCAUGUCACAAUCCCCUUGUCGCUGCCAUGCCUUAGGUACAAGUGCCCAAAGCCUUGCUGUCGACCUGAUCAUAGGUACAACCUCUAUGGUAUUGUGACACAUGCUGGGGUGACGAUAUCAUCUGGCCAUUACCUGUCUUAUGUCCGUGUUGACUCAGGACCUGUCUCAUCUCAUCAACCACUUGCCAGUUUCAUCAAGACGGAAUGGUCUCCGGUAAAGGAAGAAAAGCAAGAUGACACAGACGUGGAUACUGAACCUUCAACUGUGCAAUGGUUUGAGUGUGAUGAUGAAUCUAUACGCAUUCACUCGGACAAGAAUUUUCGGGACUGUCUGACGUCAGAGAACAGUUCACUACUUGGGACACCAUAUGUCUUGUUCUAUCAGCGUGUCAACUAGAUCUAGGUCUAAUCAUUACAACAGUUAUGUAUGUCAGUUCGUGAACAGGAAACCAUCUCUACUUGAGUAUUAUCAAUAUUGACUAGCAAUCUUUGAAAUAUGACAUUGGACAAACUCUUGCGAUUAUAUUUUCCUAACAAACUUUUAUUACAAAUAUGGUGUCACACAAUUAGCCUAGUCUUCUAAAGUGCCGGAAUUCACUAUGCAGAGUUGCAUCCCUUGGCAUGCAAUAAAUCCAGGGUUGUAGGUUCAAAUCCCAGUUCUCCCUGAUUAUGUUAAGAUUUGUCACACCCAUACUCAUGAGUUUCAGUAAAAUGAUAAAUGUCUGAGACCUCUAUCACUUGGGCUCUUCUCCCACAGUAAGUUGACUUGCAGUGAUAUAGCUGGACUACUGUAUAUAGCAGCUUUAAACCAAACUCUCAGUUGUAGAUGUGAGAAACAGACCAGUCCCUUUGUUUACUAGAAAUAUAUUUGUUUUAUGAUUUGAAAUAUUUAUUAUCAGGAUGUACAUAUUGCAACAGCAGGUUAGGUGAUGUGUUUUUUUGUUUUAUUGUAUCUAAAUGGAGGUGAUAGAGACACAUCACCAAAAGUCUGAGCACAUACAUUCACCAUGGCCUUUUUCAUAUCGUGAUCUGAAUUCUCUUAUUCUAUUACAAAGAUUUGCACUAGUCAGUUCCAUGAUCACUUUGUGGAAGUAGGCCCUGAUGGAAGUGUGACCGUAAUGAGUGACUUAUUUAAUACUGCAUCACCAAGGUACACCUUGCUUUCAGUCAGCUGCCAUAUAGCUGGAAUAUUGCUGAGUGCGACGUUAAACAAUGACAAACAAACAAAGCUUUCAGUCAGUCAUAACGUAAGAAAAAUGUUCCUUGUCAUUUACAGGUAUUAUUUAGGGAAAUACAAAGCUGACUUACUUCACUGACAGAAAGGUAGAUCAGUGACCUUGUGAAUAUGUGAUCACAGCUGAACUUUUGCUCCAGUGUUUGACAUCUGUAUUGUCAGACUACUUCAAUGCCAAUUCUGCUGCCGGAUUAAAACAGUUAUUGUACACUGCUGUGUCAAACAGUAACAACUACUGACUGAAUCUCGACCCAGGAGCUGUUUUCCUGGACCUUGCCACCUCAUUGCUUCCACAUUGCUUGGCCAGUCAGGCAUGUUGUAGUUUGACACAAGACGUAUUAAUAAAAUAAAUAAUGUUUUGGUUUUCAUAAGUCAGCAUGAUCCACAUCCUAAACUUGUAUCAAACUUGUUUUAGAGGAUCCUGCAGAUCUAAGAAUGAAUAAAAAGAACAGGUGACAAAGGAAAUGGAAACCUUUUGUUUCUUAUUUGUAAAAUAACAUUAUUUCAUAAAACAUUGUGUUGAUCAAGUUGUCAGUAUUCCUACACUAAGCCAAACUUUAUGAUGACUAUUUCCAGGUGUGUUGGUGUACAUAUGACAUAUUGUAUGUUAUUUAUGACUUUUUCAUCUAUUAUUGAACUUGUAUCUGUAUAUAUACAUAAAUAUAUAGUGAUUGAGUAUGUUGGAUGAAGGUAAUGCCAAUCAGCAUUCUGCCUGCACCUGAACUAUUGAAAGAACAGCUGGGCUUGGAACAGUUGGAAGUCCUGACAAGUCUUCAUUCAUGUUUUUCCAAAACCCAUAUAGUGUCUGCCCAAAUUUGAUGCCAUGUACAGGGAUGAGAAUAUAACGCGGAAUUUCAUAAGGCCAAGGGUAAUUUUUGUGAAUCGUCUAAAUCCGAUAGAUGCUAAACCCCUGGCUAGUUUUCAGAGUUCAUUCUCAUCCCUGCAUGUAGAUCAGUAUGGAUAUUCUAACAUACCUAUGCAUUGUAGCCACACACGUCACCCAAUACAGCGUCUAAAACCUUGGGAUAUUUCAGUGCCUUGGUUUCUGUCAGGGGAUGCUUUCAUGUUGAGUUCAGAACUUUGCUGCAAAAUCUUUACAAAAGUUUCAUUUCAUUUUAAUUUAUACUGACAUGAAUCAAAAAAAGUUCUAAGACAUUAACUGUAACCCAUGUGUGUACAACCCAUUUCUUUUAUGGAUCUUAAACCCAGGGUGUUGUUGUUCGUCUAUGUUAAGGUAUGGGAGUUACGGUCACCUUAACACUAAGUUCGCUUUGUACAACGGCACCCUGGUAAUUAGCAGCCACAUGAAACAGGACUAAGCUGCUGUUGCAAGUUUGUCUAUAAGACAUGCUUAUCUCUACAGACAGAGUUUGCUAAGGCACAUAACCAUGUGAUUCACACUAAUUUACUUUUAAUCCUGCAUUUCAGAAGACUUGUGUGUUACAGAUCUCACCAAUAAAAAUAAAAUAAAGAUUUUUCCUUAUCCUGACUCAUGAUUAUUUGCUUUCUCAUCCUCUCUUCCGAACGGUCAAGUGGAAACUUGAAUCCUUUCAAUUCCCUUGAAGCGAACGUACAAUCACUCACCCUCAUACCUCCCUUGGUUUCCUGCCAAAACCGGCACGUGACCUCGCCAUGUUGGUCCUCUCUCUCUCUAUCGCCCUAGCGGACGGUUGGGCAGUCACUUCAGGGUCCUUUCGCGGCUUAUAACUUCAAAUAUUUUGGAUAUAUAGCACAAAUUCUACCGUGAAUGUGUUUAUUAAUAUGUUAUUUAUCAUAUUAUUAACAAAAUUUGUACAAUUCAUGUCAAAUUAAUUCACAUAUUACUCCGAUACGACAACCCGUAGGGCCUUUUACAGGUUAGCGAGGUCUAGAGCCAUCAACGAGGCGCUGAUGUACGCUUUCAAUAAUCCUAAGACGGAGGAAGAAAAGAUGAUCCGGUCUACUCUAGUUGUCCAGCGCAAGGAUCAGGAGUUUAUCUCCGAUCACUUGGCUUCUACAUCAGCGGGCAUCACUCUUCUACGUCGUCAAGGGUUGCUGAGUUCCUGUACAUGGCCAGAUGUCUACACCAAGCCUCACCUAAGGAAGCCUUGGGCAGUGCCUACUCUGUUUGACGCCGGCAUCAGGCAGUUGUCACGUGAAGUAUCUCGAGACUCCAAAGACUUGAUGUUGAUCAAGUCCGUCCAGACGAUGAACACCAUGGUGCGUCAAUCAACUCAGCGUAGUCAUACGUAGUCAGCGUGGUAUACAGAGAGCCAAAGGGAAGAAGUUCCCAGCUACACGUGGCGGCAACAUGGGAUCCUUUCGUCGUCCCCGUAAUAAUAGAAGUUACUCAGGCCGAGGACGGGCCUCCAGCGGCGGCAGGAGAUCCCAUUACUGAAGGGCAGGUUCUGAGCGACUGGUCGCUUCCAGCCCCAGCCGUUCCUGUAAAACCGUCAUCUGUGGAUGGACGUCUGGGUCUAUACUGGGAAAAUUGGAGAGUACUACAGGACGACUAUGUCACAGAAGUCUUACGAGAGGGCUACAGCAUACAGUUACAGUCGACGCCACUGUUGACAUGUUAACCGUUGGUCUUCAAGUAUCCUCAGCUACAGCGAGACAAGCUCAUCGAGGCUAUCGAGAUGUUGGUGGCAAAAGGUGCUGUAGAAGUCGUCGAUGGGCUGGCUGGUGAAUCAUCAGAAGUCGGAGUUGGAACCGACCCAAGAUCUACAGUUCUUAGGCAUCAGAUUCCUGACGUCGGAAAAUCGCAUCCUGGUUCCAGACAACCGAUGGCAGAACAUCCAAUCGUGCAUACCAGACGCCCUCAACACUCCACUAGAUUUGAGAACGUGGCAGCAAAUCUUGGGUCUACUGACGUCGGCACAGGCUCUCACCCGCAGAGGAAGAUUGCAACUUCGUCCGCUACAGAGGUUCCUGAUAGCUCAUCUAGACAAUGUCCAGAAGUUCGCCAUCCCACAGCAUCUAAAGCAAUUCCUGCUUUGGUGGACAGUAAGGUCGAAUGUCUGCGGCGGAACCUAUUUGAGAGAGCCAAAUUACAACAGUCAUCUCUACGUGGAUGCGUCCCUCCAAGGCUGGGGGGCACAUCUCAACGACGAAGUUACAGCAGGGCGGUGGUCACAAACAGAGAACGGUCUGCACAUCAAUCAGCUAGAACUGAAAGCAGUAAUAGAAGCAGUACUACAUUGGGCGCCGCAGUUAAAAGAUCAGGUACUGAUGAUACACACAGAUUACUCCACGGUGGCAUUUUACAUAAAUUUGCAAGGGUCCACGAGAUCAGCGCCUCUGCUUCAACUGACGUUCCAGCUGUUCAACAUCACAGACGAAAUCAACCUGAAGAUGAGGGCUUGCCACAUCCCAGGGGCAAAGAACGUCCUAGCAGACGCUCUAUCCAAACCAGUACGGCCGUCUCCCACAGAGUGGAAGUUACAUCCGGGGGCGUUCCAGUGGAUAACAGCCCAACUCGGCUGCCCUCUCAUCGAUCUGUUUGCGACCAGUUUCAACAAUCAGGUGACAACCUUCGUCUCGCCAGUGCCAGACCUGCUGGCAUGGGCUGUCGACGACUUAGCCAUAUCAUGGGAAGGAAUGAAGGCUUACGCCUUCCCUCCACCGAUCCUGCUACCACAAGUACUACGCAAGAUCAGCCGGACGAGGGUCCUACAACUGACUUUGGUAGCGCCUUACUGGCCAGCGAGACUAUGGUUCCCAGACCUCAUAGAUCAUCACGGCGAACCAGUGCUACGACUUCCAGAUUGGCCGAAUCUACUCGUCCAUCCUCACACCAAGCAGCGUCACGGCAACCCAAAAGCAUCCCAGUUACACAUAUGGAGCAUAUCACAUACUGCUUAAAGAGUCGAGGAUACUCCACUAGAGUAGCCAAGGCAGUAACCUUGGCUCUACAUAGGUCAGUUUGAACAGUAUGCUGUUCGACAAGGGUUCACGGCCAGAAGAGCGACUAAUCCACAAGUAGCAGAUUACUUGUGUCAUUUGAGGUCCACUAGACAUCUGAAGGGUUCCACAUUGUCUACUUACCUUGCGGCAAUAAGCUCAGUCAUCACCAUGAAGACAGGGGUGAAGUUGACCAAGGUGCCUGAACUUGUAGCCUUGCUGAGAUCUUUCAAGUUAGAAGAUCAACAACAGAAGUUCAGGGCACCAGCUUGGGACCUCAACAUAGUACUACAGCACCUCAUCAGUGAGGUAUAUGAGCCGCUGACACAGACGACAUUUGAGUUAUUAACUCAAAAGACGAUAUUCCUCCUCGCCUCGGCUACUACAGCUCGGAUGUCAGAGAUACACGCCCUUGACUUCAACCGUACGAGAUUCGACACGGGAAGAAGGGAAGCAGUCCAUCUAGGCCUUAGAGGGGCUUUAUAGCCAAGAACCAGCUACCGGGACAACCAGGUCGUCAAUUUUACGUUCCGGCAUUAUCAACCAUACUGGGUCCACAGGACAUUCAAGAUCUAUCAUUAUGCCCGGUCAGAGCGCUGAAAAUCUACUUGCAGAGAUCUGCUACGAGAAGGAGGAAGUUCAAGCGUCUAUUUAUCCCACUAUCACCCGCUACGAUGGUGGAAGUCUCCCGUACUACGGUCUCCUUUUGGAUCAGAGCGGUGAUCCUAAGAGCCUACAAAGCAGCAGGGUUAGAGCCUCCAAGAGCAUCUAACCCACAUGAAGUAAGAGCGUUGGCCUCGACACUCACCCUACGUGGAAAUUGCUCAAUAUCAUCUAUAAUGGAAAGCUGCUUUUGGAAGUCAGACACUGUCUUCGCUAACCACUACCUGAGAGACAUCUCCAUGAAAGAUGUAUCUGGAAUACGUCAAUCCGGCCCUCUAAUCGUAGCGCAGCAACUCACUAUGUCACCCUUGUCACGCAGUCUCGUUGACGCCAGGCAACUGUUCCAUUUAGAGUCCAUGUUCCCCUGUCUUACAAGAUAAGUCAGCGCAUGAGUGAUACGCAGACUCAGUUAUGGUGAUGUUCUUGCCUUAACAGAUGGGUCGGGAUACCAGUUUCGGUAAUGUUCUUACCGCAAACAUAUUGGGUCGUUGCAGAAUAUCUAGACAACAAGGCGUCUAGUAUACUAAAGCCACAAAACCUAGGUUUACUUCUAAUACGUAUGUAUAAGAAGGUGGUCCCCCAAUUAGCAUCAAGAAGAUAUUGAAGUUAACCACAGAAGAAGAAAUUUCCCAGGGGGUAAAUCAAGCGAACGCUGACGUGAAUACAAUCAUGCAGGGAAUCCCGUAGGUGGCUGACCCACCAUCUUUCCAUUGGAUUCAGUAAGCAAAUAAUCAUGAGUCAGGAUAAGGAAAAAUAUGUAAUUUUUAUGAUAAAAUUAAUAUUUUAUACUUAUCCUGACUCAUGAGAUGAAGCCCUCCCAACCGUACCCUCUCACCACACGGGUUUCCCUGUAGACCUGUGUGGGGCAUAUAACGGAGAGAGUGAGGACCAAAGCAUGGCGUGGUCACCUGCCGGUUUGGGCGGGAAACCAAGGGAGGUAAUUGAGGGUUAGUGAUUGUACGUUCCCUUCAAGGGAAUUGAAAGGAUUCAAGUUUCCACUUGACCGUUCGGAAGAGAGGAUGAGAAAGCAAAUAAUCAUGAGUCAGGAUAAGUAUAAAAUAUUAAUUUUAUCAUAAAAAUUACAUUAUUUUUACAGUAUGAUAUUCUUUUUUUCAAACAUUAUUUAAUUACUUGUUAAUUACCAUAUUUAAUCUUGGCUAUGACUUUCAUACACUCUUUCACUAUUUGGAUGUAUGUAAAUUCCUAGAAUCCACCCUCUUUCUGAGGACCUCCCCUUUGUGUAUUAAAUUUCUGGUGAAAUCUCUUCAGCCAAGGAAGUUUCAAACUGCAUUUUUAUGUCAAAGUUCAAAGUCACCCGUGACAUGUAACAUUAGUAUCUUACUUUCUUUUGAAUCUGGUGCAAGUAUCAUUUCACUACAGUGUAUAUAUUUCAUGUAGAUCUAAGGAAUUCUUUUGGCUCAUGUAAUGUGAAGGUCAAAGGUCAACAUCAAAGGUCAAGGUCACAAGACCAAUGCCAUGUUCAGGAUGGGGCCUUGCUUUGGGAAAGGCUUGGUAAAUAUGAAAGGGCAAAGUCAGCAUUCAGUUUCUUGUAAAACAUGGUUAUAACAUUGUCACUGACAGUCACUCUCACACUUUGUCAAGUGUAAUUGGUGGGUCCUCCAUUUUUGCGAGUAACACCUCUCAAUAAAAUAUGAAUCACCCAAGCUCUUUAAAAAUAUAACAGUAUAUGUUAACUUGCAUGGCCCAAACUCUGUAAAGACAGAAGGGUACAUAUUUAUUUGCA